CGUCAGCGUGAUUGUGUCCCUCGUGCACUGUGCGGUGCGGCUGUGCUUUAUCCGGUGCUUCCAACAUGUCCGGCCGCGGGAAACAGGGAGGCAAGGUCCGAGCUAAGGCCAAGUCGCGCUCGUCGCGGGCCGGGCUGCAGUUCCCCGUCGGUCGCGUGCAUCGGCUCCUCCGGAAAGGUAAUUACGCGGAGCGGGUGGGUGCCGGAGCUCCUGUCUACAUGGCGGCCGUGCUGGAGUACCUGACGGCCGAGAUCCUGGAGCUGGCGGGCAACGCGGCCCGCGACAACAAGAAGACGCGCAUCAUCCCCCGCCACCUGCAGCUCGCCAUCCGCAACGACGAGGAGCUCAACAAGCUGCUGGGCAAGGUGACGAUCGCGCAGGGCGGCGUGCUGCCCAACAUCCAGGCCGUGCUGCUGCCCAAGAAGACUGAGAGCCACAAGGCAAAAAGCAAAUAAAUUCGGCGAGCAAAGCCACUCAGACUUUGCACGACGUAACAUUUUAAACCAAAGGCUCUUUUCAGAGCCACCCACACAGUCAAAAAAAGAGUUGUGUUGCUUUGUUUACGCUGGGGCUGUGGUGCUGAGGCCUCUGAUUCUUGUAUUAACUGAAUCUAACUUUUGUUAGUGUUUUAAAACUUGGUUUCUACUGAAGACGGUGAUACAUUUGCUUUCUAGCUCGUAUUUUUAAAUUAAUGUUAAUAUUUCUGUAGUGAUUUAUUGUUUGUUUCUUUUCAUUUCAACUUCUGGUAAAAAACUUGCUCUUAUGGAUUCUGUACACCUUUCAUGGGUUCCAUAGGUUACUUAGGGUAUAAAAUAUGGGAGGGUGGCUAAAGCACGGGUGGGAGUGGCAAAAGCUAUGCGGCAUGGAGAUAGACCAUCCCAAAUCCCACGUGUAAUUACAUCUAAAAAUGAAGAAACGAUUUCUUAAUCCCCUUUGAAGGCCUCCAUCCUUGAAAAGAUGUAAAAGUUCCCUAUGAAUUGAAUUUAUGUAGAAAUAAAAUGAGGAAUGCCUUAGGAAAAGUGGCUUUUUGAUUUAGAUCCUUAGACCUGCACUGUAAAAGAACAGUGUAGCACUGUUUCGUUCAGGACCACCUUUUAGUGCUACUUUAUUGCCAUUUUAAGUGGCAUUUUCAAAUAUCCUACCCUUAAAUUCUCUUGCUGUUCGUUGCUACUCCUCUUCUUACAUCAAUUAACAGUGGGCAAUAUUACUGAGUUCUUUAUAUUGUUGACAUAAAUGCCACCCAAGAGCACAACCUUAAAUCUCUAUAUUUAUUAUUAUAAAUUAUGAGAAGUGCUAGCUGAUUCCUCUUGCUAGGAUAUUCCCAGAAGCUUCACCUGAUGGUUUGUAGCACACUGCAUUGAGAUGAUUGGUCUCAUCUCUGCUGCACCUCUACUCUCUCCAUCCUCUGGAGAGAAGGAGUGCUCUGGGCUUGGGGGGGAAGGCAAUACUCCCACCCUGCCUCUCCUUGCUACCCCCAAGCUGUAGCUGAGAGGCUUCUUAGGCAGCAUCGUGCCAUGGCCACAGUGGGACAUCAGGGAUCAUUUGUGGAGAGAAACAUAAAGAAGAGCGCUGCUGGAGCACCAGACUGAUCUUUUAUAGUGAUGGUAUCUGUGUCUAAAGGUUUUGUUUGCAACACAUUUAACAUUGUUACAAUGUAACUUUUUGUUUGUGGGCGCGUUUAGGGUUGUAGUGGUUUUCUUAUGCUGUUUUACUGAUCGUCAUUUGCUACAGCUAAAUACCUCCUGGCCCCUGUAUUUCUCUUCCUUAAAAACUGCAAUAGUAAUUAAAUUUUUAUUUUAGCGGG